AUGGCUUGCACUCUCCUCAAGUUCACAACCAUUCUCAUCUCCCUGCUCCUAGCUCUACAGCCUCAAAUUGCCUUCUCAAAUGACGACAUUGAAGACGACGAAGAGUACUACCACGUGGUCAACUCCCCAUUGCCCAUUAAUCUCAGGUCAUCAAGAAGCAGGCCGUUCUUGGCCACUGUAGUAAAGAAUGGAUCAUCUUGCAAUCCCAUUACGCGUAAUGUCUGUAAUGGGAUACCGGCAAACAAGGAUGCAAGGCUUCUCUACUGCUGCAAGAAGCAUUGUCGUAACGUUCUCGGGGAUCAGAACAACUGCGGGAAGUGCGGGAAAAAGUGCAAACAAGGAGAGCGUUGUUGCAACGGAAUCUGUACCGAUGUUACUCGCAAUGCUAAUCAUUGUGGCAAGUGUAAUAAGAAAUGUGCGCGUGGAUUUUGUGGGUACGUUUGA